ACAAACGUUUUUUUUUUUUUUCUCUUUUAUCAGCCUUGCUCAAAAUUCUAUUCCUUCUUCCUUUCCCUCAAAGCUCAAACUCCAAAAACGCUACCCCUCUUGUUGUACAGUACGAGGAGAAAGUCUUCGAGUUUUUAGGGUUCGAAAAAUCCAAGGUGAACAAAUGGCAGAGCAUAGAGAACAUAAGGUUGUUGAUAAAUCUCAGGUAGCUCCAGCUACAAGUAGAACCAUGUCAUUUCCUCUAUCAUUCCUUGACUUGCCUUAUGCACGUCUUCUUUAUGUGAAACGUUUAUUCUUCUAUCACUUUCCCCAUCCCCCACACAUUUUCUAUGAAACUUUACUCCCUUCUCUCAAACACAAUCUCUCUCUUACCCUUCAACAUUUCUUCCCUCUCGCUGGGAAUCUCCUGUGUCCACCACAACCUAACAAACCCUUCAUUCGCUGCACCGAUGAUGACUCUGUCACCUUAACCAUCGUCGAGUCCAAAGCAUAUUUCAACCAUCUCUCAUCCAACCACCCCAAAAAUCUAAAAGAUUUGGAUCACUUAGUUCCCAUGUUGACAUUCACAACCGUGCAUGGUGAUGAUGAUGAGGACACGUAUGUUUCGCCAUUGGUGGCCUUGCAAGUCACGGUUUUCCCCAACCAUGGCCUUUGCAUCGCCAUAACAAAUUCUCACGUGAUCAUGGAUGGAAGGAGUAGCUGUUAUUUCAUUAAGUAUUGGUCAAGCAUUUGUAGAAGUGGUGGAGUUGACUUGACAACACCUUGCUUUGAUAGGGAAGUGUUCAAGGACACCAAGGGACUUGAGGCCAUCUUCUUAAGAGACUACUUUGAAGAGAGGUCAACUUGGAAGGACAAACUCAAACUCAUUGGUCAAACUCCUAAUCAUCAUGAGGACUAUGUUAAGGCAACAGUUUCCUUUGGAAGAGAUGAUAUUGACGGAAUGAAAAGAUGGGUGCUGAAUCAGUUGGAAAAAAAUGAUGAAUUGAUGAAAGCACCCCAAUAUCUAUCAAAGUUCGUGGUUACAUGUGGUUUCGUGUGGGCUAGCUGGGUUAAAGCAAAAUAUAGACAUGAUGAUAAUAAUGAUGAAGAUGAACAAGAGAUCAUGAAAGAGGAGUACUUUCGUUUUGCAGCAGAUUGUAGAGAUCGCUUUGAGUAUCCUAUACCAGCAACAUACGUUGGAAAUUGCUUAACAAGAUGUCAUGCAAUGCUCAAGAGAAAGGAGCUAAAGGGAGAAGGUGGUUUUGUGAAGGCAGUGAAGGGCAUUGCAAGGGCAAUAACUGAUAUGAAAACUGAACCUCUUAAAGAUGCAGAAAACUGGAAGGAAUUAAGUAGGAAGAUGUUUGUAUUGGGAAGUACAAUGCUAGUUGCAGGGUCACCUAAAUUUGAUGUUUAUGGGACUGACUUUGGAUUUGGAAAACCUAACAAAGUGGAGAUGAUGUUACAUCCCCGAAUAUUGUGUGUGACUCUUGCAGAAAGUGGAGACAAAGAAGGAGGGGUAGAGCUUGGCUUGUUAUUUACAAGUAGUGGGGAGUUUGAGUAUUUUAGUUCCGUCAUUGAGCAAGGACUUGCAACAUUAAAAUCCUAAAUGAUUGCAUCGUUGCAUGUGGUCCUUGUUUCCUUUGCUGCUCUCAUUACAAACAAUAUGGAGUAUUACUACUUUUUUCAUUAAAGUUGGAAUAAAUAUAUCUUUCUCUCAUCGCAUUUUGAGCUUAAA